AUGGAAUUGUUCAACGAGCCCGAUUUGACUCUGCUCGAUGUUUUUAUGUUAUGGAAGACAACAACAAUUCCUCGCGCUAUAAACAAACCGGACAACACUGAGUACUUUUUUUGGAAAGAAGUUCUAUGUAUGACUAACGAGUACAACGAAUACCUCACUCGAAAAGUCUUAACUGCACUUCAUAAUGAGUGGCUUUCAUACUCCGAAGACUAUAACUCAGUCAACACGGAACCUCAACCGAAGCAGAAACGUCGGAACAGUUUAGUUGAUGACAAGAAUGAAUAUAGUCCACCAGAGACUCCAAUGCUUUCUGGCAGUUUUUCUAUUCAACGGUCACGUAUUAAGUCACACUCCUUAGGAAAACAAGACGAAGAAAGGGUAGUUCUAUCUGCUCAACAUAUUCAACCCAAAGAUAAUAGAGAAACGCCAAGUCAAGUACAACCAGAAUUAACAUUGAAAAUUACUAAGAAAAUUGGUGUGUUAAAGAGCGUCGAAAGCUCUGUGAAGGUGACCCCGAAAAGCACUGUAUUUGAGAAACAAAUGAAUGAAGUCAAAAAUUUAAUUCCAGUUUCAAUAUCAGCAGAUCAGUUCAGUCGAUCGUUUGUCAAUCCUAAGAAUGACACUACUGAGUCCGACAACAACGAGUUAUUAGUCUUCUCUUCUCUUACACAUUCGUUGACACCUUCGGCUUUCCAGACAACUUCAAGACCAAAAAUGCCUUCGAAGAACUCCAUAAAGAGUAAAAGCUCCGAGUCAAUCACUUUCUCCUUCGACUCCGAGUUGGUUGCUCGCGGCGAAAUCGCGUUACGAGAGAGGAAGAAAAUAUUCAAACCAACGUUAUCAAAAACACCACAAAAAGUGUAUUUACAUGGCUCACCGCGAGAUACAGAGAGUUCUGACACCGAGUGGAAACUCAUUGAAACGAGAAUUCAAAGAAAGGUGAAGCGCUUUGAGAUCCAAGUCAAUGGUCGCGAUGUGCGGAGUGAGGACUUAGUGGAAAGGUACUUGAGAGGGAAGUUACAAAUGAUUAAGAGCGAAGGUGGUGGACUACGGUUUGAAGUCAAUUCGAGGUGUGAAGCGGUGUCGAUAGGAAGUUUGUCGGAGGCAUUACAACACAAUUGGAUUGACCGAUUUGUGGAGAAACAAGAGGAGUACUUCCAGGAUAUGACGAUAUUAAUGCGCAUCUAUCUGAACGCGUUGAGGCCUUUUUGUGAUUAUAGGAGCUGUGGCCCAUUAGCCAUUUCUGCGAUGAAAUCGUUGGACAAGAACGUCCCUCCGCUCAUAGUAUUGGAGCGACGUGUGAUGCGAAUUUUCACGAAGCGCAAAAACGUCGAAGAUGUUGUUGAGUGUAUUGGGUGGUACGGGAAAGAGUUUUUGUGUUACGAGUUUUACGCAGAGAAGAUGCAAGGGAUGCGCGAGCUCCUCGACUUGUCGAUGAAAAAGGAGGUUGUUGAAGCCAUUGAAUAUAACAAGAAGGAAGUUGAGAACAAAGGAAUCAAAGUUAAGGAUUUUGAGGAGAUACUGGAAGAGCCAAUGAAACAUAUUGGUCGAAUUGGGUUUGUCAUCAUGCGACUGCUCCUGUCAAUGCAACACCCUCCGCAGAGUGUGAUCAAGGCGGCUUCAAAUUAUAUAAAGGUAAUAAGUGUAAGUGGGUGUAAAUCACUGAAGAAAUUGAAUCACCUCACUGGUAUGGAUUUGAAAGCAGACAACCGAGAGGUAGUCUUCUUCGGAGGACUCAAAAUCACAUCGCGCGAGUUUCGUGGGAAAGACUGGGUUGAGUGUUUCUUGUUCAACGACAUCCUUGUCAUCGCCAAAAUUGAUGUGACGGAGAAGUACCGUUGUGAGAAGAGUACAUUACUCAAAUUUGAAAAUGCGCCGUAUGGAGAAGAACCGGAGUUAUUGGAGAAGUACUACUGUAAAGUUGAGUAUACUUGCAGUGUGAAGACCUUGAAAAUCUGUAGCGACAAAGGAUAUUCGUUCACUAUGAAUUCGAUGGUUUGUGUUUGUUUCAAUAUGGAGCAAAAGAAGUUGUGGACCACGGCAUUCAGAAGGGUUCAACCGUUAUUUAUGAUGUAA